AUGGGGUCAGAAACUCAGGAUACUUCCAGUCUACUGGAAAUUACCGAUCCUUUCCAUGGGCUUUCGUUCCAAGUUGGAGUGGCUGAGAACAAAAACCCGACCUACAGAGCCAAAAUGGAGGAUGUUCACACGUAUGUGGCCAAUUUUGCCGAGAAGCCUGAUUGGGGUUACUUUGCUAUCUUUGAUGGCCAUGCUGGCAAGCAGACCGCCCGCUGGUGCGGCAACAACUUGCACACGUUGUUAGAAGAAGAGAUGCUAGCGAUGGAAGCGCUGCUGUCGCCUCUGCUGUUGCUGUCUGCUCCGCUGACCAAGCUGUUCUCUCUGACUAAUUCUCAACCUUCAGAAGACAACAAAGAUGUGCGUGAUGCCUUAAAUCGUGUAUUUGUCAAAGCCGAUGAGUUGAUCGAGCAGGAAGGCUCGGGAUCCUCUGGUUGCACCGCUGCUGUCGCAGUUUUGCGCUGGGAAGGUAACCUGAAGGAAACCGAAGAAGCCACUAUCAAAGGACUGCUGGCCUCGAAGCCAUUCGACUUUGUGCCGUCAGAAAACCACAAGCGAAUGCUCUACACUGCUAAUGUGGGCGAUCUGAGAAUAGUUUUAUGCCGUGGAAAUAGGCUGUACAGAUUAACUUACGAUCACAAGGCUUCAGAUGCCAAAGAGAUUUCAAGAAUUCGUGAGGCGGGAGGCUUGGUGGUCAAAAACAGAGUCAACGGGGUAUUGGCCAUCACCCGCUCACUUGGCGACUCCUAUGUCAAGAAUUUAGUAACUGGAAGACCCUUUACUACAGCUACCGAAAUAACCAAAGAGGAUGAGUUUCUAAUAUUGGCAUGCGACGGAGUCUGGGAUGUAAUCACCGAUGACUUGGCUUGCAAGUUUGUUCAAGAUAUCUUCCGAGCACAGAGAGAGAAGAAGCAGCAAGAGGAUCCAGGAUAUGCUGCGAAGAAACUCUGCCAGUAUGCCAUUGAAAAGGCUACUACCGAUAAUGUUACAGUAAUGGUGGUUAAGUUAGACCCCCAGGUGUUUCCUCAAAGGGAUAAUUAA